GAUAGGUGCUGAUUAUUUUGCAGCGACGUCGACAUUUCUCGCCUGCUGCUGAGCAAAUGCCUCCUCCAGCCAAGGUUCCACGAACGUCUACGAAACAUCAUCUAGGCGAUUCUCCCAUCAGCUAUCAUCCAUCAUCCGCAUCCGGCUUGGCUGAUCAUGACUCUCCUAAGAUUCGGAAGACCUCGAAGGCAGGAUUUAGGCCCAUUGGGGAACCUAGUUCAGCGGUUAAAUUGUUUUUCCCACGUGACGAAGACGACGAUGAAGCUGGUCCCGCCCCUCAACAUAAAUCCCCCACCUCCCCUAAGAUUCAUUCAGAAGUCCCUGCGAAGCGUACUCGCGAUGAAGGUGCAACCAAUAGAGAUGAAGAUAUGCACGGAAGUAUCCUCCCACGGUCCUUGCCGUUCCAACAAGUCCCUGGUCCACGCGAACCUGUUACAAGGACACCUCUGGUUCCCCAGCCUAUACAGGUCCUACCUUCAGCUGUCAGCGACUCGCUGAAGGCUUCCAUUGUACCGAAGCCAGCAGGCAGUGGUGAUGUUUCUGUCAGUCCUGCCCAGCAGUCGCAUACAGUGGAGCCAGACGCGGAAGGCACGCCACGGCCGUCCUCUCCAUCGGGGACGACCUGCAAGGACCUCUAUGCCAUUGUCUCCCAGGUUGGCGAAGGCACAUUCGGCAAGGUUUAUAAGGCUCGCAAUGUCAUCACCAAUGUCCACGUGGCGCUCAAGCGAAUCCGCAUGGAAGCAGAAAAGGAUGGCUUUCCAGUUACUGCCAUGCGGGAAAUCAAACUACUGCAGUCCUUACGACAUCAGAAUGUCGUCCGCCUUUACGAGAUGAUGGUAUCAAAUGGAUCUGUGUACAUGGUGUUCGAGUACAUGGAUCAUGACCUUACAGGGGUUUUGUCUCAGACGCAGUUCUCAUUUUCGCAGGCCAAUCUGAAGUCACUGUGCAGCCAGAUGCUUGCUGGGCUAGCAUAUCUGCACCGCAAAGGCGUCAUCCACCGUGAUAUCAAGGGUUCUAACAUUCUUAUCAAUAACCGAGGGGAGCUAAAACUCGCCGACUUUGGUCUGGCACGCUUUUACCAGAAACGCCGGCGAAGUGAUUAUACCAAUCGUGUCAUCACUCUAUGGUAUCGACCGCCAGAGUUGCUCUUCGGUGCUACGGUAUAUGGGCCGGAAGUUGAUAUGUGGAGUGCAGGCUGCAUCAUGCUAGAACUUUUCACCAAAAAACCAGUGUUCCAGGGCAAUGAUGAAAUCCAUCAGUUGGACGUGAUCUACCGUAUUCUUGGAACUCCGUCUACUGAGCGAUGGCAAGGGCUCACCGCACUGCCAUGGUAUGAGCUGGUGAAGCCGAAAGAUGUGAUUCAUGGUCAUUUCCGCGAGUUAUUCUCUCGAUGGUUAUCGCCCGCAGCCCUUGACCUAGCUGAGCGCCUUCUUGCUUAUGAUCCGACGCAGAGAGUUACUGCCCUUGAAGCUCUUGAAGCUCCCUACUUCAAAGAAGAGCAACCUCCACCUGAGCUGCCUGUUGACCUGUCCACUUUAGAAGGUGAAUGGCAUGAGCUAGAGACCAAACGGGAGCGAGCCAAGAAGCGUCGCAAACUGGAAAACGGGCUCGUAUAAUAUAUCUCAUC